UAGCCAGCCGUCGGCUGCCGCCCUCGAGAGCCUUGCUUUCUUUUGAUCUGAUUUUUCUCCUCCCUCCUCAGUGUUCGGCGCUUUUCAAAAAGCGGCGCCCGAUCUACGGGAGUCCCGUUUCAGCGCGGUGCGGAAUGAUCCACCUCGCUUCCGCGGCACAGCGGCGGUAGCGGGCUGGGAGCGAUGCUAUCUGUCCCUCGGGGCUCCUCGCAGCCCGCCCGAGCUCCCGGAGACGUCGGAGCCGCCUGAGCAGCCGGCGAGGAAGCGAGGCGGGCGAGAGGGUGCUGAAUGCAGCGCGACCUGAAGCCACUGCCUGCCAUGUGUGCUGGUAGCAUCCGCCUUUGGCAGCUCCCUGGUCCCGGUACCGGGUAGUCGGGCGGAGCAGAAGCAGGGCAGACCGGCGCGGAGGCACCUGCCGCCGGGAUCAUGGUGAAGGAAGAGUGCAAAGCGCUGCUGGACGCGCUCAACAAGGUGACCGCCUGCUACCGGCACAUGGUGCUGACCAUUGGCGGCACUUCGGACUCUCAGAACCUGCGCGAAGAGCUCAAGAAGACCCGGCAGAAAGCCCAGGAGCUAGCGGUGGCCAACAGAAACAAGCUCACCACGGUCCUGAAGGACAAAACCGUGAGUAAAGAAGAUAAAGCUGAGUUCGAGAGGCUAUGGGUGAUUUUCUCCACGUGCCUAGAGAUCCUGGAGAUAGACAUGAGGAGAGCCCUGGAGCUGGGCCACGAGUUCCCACUGAACGUCCCCAAAAAGCACCUGAUCCAAACAGGCAUGAGUGGGGGAACCUCUGGCGUGGCUGCCAGGGCCAUGAGCGUCCAGAACAUGAAAUAUGAGGCCGAGCACAAUAUAGACGUGGUGGAUUUGAAAGACCUCGAAAAUGAGAUUAACCAGGUAGGAGAGAUGAUGUACGAGAUGGAAAUGAAGGUCAAUGUCCCCCAGUGGACAGUAGAGGCUAAGCAAGACCCGGGGGCCGAACUAAAAUCCACCAUCAGCGUCGGCGCAUCUUCUAUUGGCAUGAUCUCCGUGGAGGAAAAUAAAUCCUUCUGUGAUAUCAGCAAGGUUCUAGCUGGGAUUAUUUUCUCUGCAGUGCUCAUUAUCGCUAUUGUCCUGGCUGUGUGUGUGGUGAAACUCUCUUAGGGUGGUGUGGGGCUGACCAGAGUGACCCUGUCAGUCUCUUUCACACCUCACCUUUCAUCUCAGAAUGGGUCACUUGGAUGAGCUGAGAAUUUAAACGUAGCACUUUGAAAAACAAAGCAGAACUGCCUCUCAGUAUCAUAAAAUGCACGCUUUGUUUCUUCUUCUUUGAAGAGAUGCACAUCAGCCUGCAGCAUAGGAUGAUAUCUUCAUGUGUUGGACUUGUAACGGUUAACUGUGAAGUAUCAGGGUAUUACCACUGCUGGCUAUAGCAGGGAUUUGUCUGCUAUUAAUAGAUGGCUAUUCGCAGAAGCCUGUAUUUUUUGUUCUUCAACAGGCUCUAGUGUUUGCUACUGGUCACUGUUUACAGUAUUGGAGAGUAACAUGAAUUCGGAGUCUAAUGCAGGUGUUUUGUAACAAAAUGAAUAUACUAAAGGGGAUUUAAUCAUACACACAAAAUAUUAUUUUGGUGGAGGAAAAGGGGAAGGAUGAAAACCUUGAAAAAGCAUGUGAACAACCUCUAUUUUGGAUUUGCUAAUAGUUGGAGGUGAGGGGGGGAGGAGGGAGAAAACAGCCUAAGCUGUGUUUGAUACCAAACUCUGCUGAAUUAGACUGGGUUGUACAAACCCCAGUGCAUGGACUGGCAUUGCGUACAUGAAUGACUAAUCACUUCCCAAUUUUUCCCAGGGAGAAAAAUGGGAGAGUUGCGUAUUCAGAAAAAUCCCAGCAAGAGUUCUCAUCCACAUGUACCAUGAGUUUGUGUUCCCCUACAGAAAGGCAACUGGUUCCAAUUUUUCUUUUUGUAGAAGUUAACGGUUUGCAUCUCACAAUUAACUAUGGAAAUAGGAGCAAUGAAUCUGCCCACAGCAGAGGCGGUCAUUUUUGAAAAUAGAUUUUAGAAGAAAAGAAAAAAUUUAAAGCAGACCUUUCUAUAAUGCAGAGGGAUCCUCUCUCAGGUUGGCAGGCAGGGAUUGAUGCCUGUUUAUGGACUGUCACAUUUCUGCAAGUUCUUGAAUUCUUUGCAGAAAACCAGAGAUAGAUGAAAAUGCCUCUCAGUUUCCUGCCUCACUCUUGUCUGAUUAACCUGUGAAGCAGGGAGCCUGUAGGACUGGUCCAGCUUGAUACAUGGCAAUUUUGGCAGGUAAAUGUAAGAGCAUCGUAAAAUUUUCCAGUGCUUCCUUAUGGAAUUGUCUACAUUUACAUGUAAAGCUGAGGGGACAGACACUAAUUUUGCAGACAAGCUUUAUGUUUUUGUAAAAGGACCCAUGUUUGAUGGUGUUUCUUGUGUAACUUUAUGGAAAUACCUCCUGUUACUGUGAACACACACCACCCGAUCAAGAAAGCAUGGUUCAUACUUUCUAGUGCCAUAGGUGUAUGAAGCACUCCAUGGCCGAAUACAAAGGCCCUGUAAUAUUGGGGAUUAGUAAUUUAUUAUUCCUCUGCAGCGAUUAUUAUGGGCACAUUAUUAAACAGUAGCAACCAGACAUGUUUUGUGAAGUUCUUAGACAAUAGUCUUGAUGCUUGUUAAAUAAAAUGAUGUGGACAACACUCAUAAACAGCUAGUAUUUUUGAGUUCAGAACUAAACAUACUUUGAAAAACUUCAGCAAGCACUUUAUUCUUUAAAACUUAAGAGAACUGGAUAUGGGGAGAAAAAAUGUGACAAAUUUGAAUCCGGUCAUUUUGUACGUGAGAAAGAAAAUAAUAGAGAAAAGACAGUAGGUGGAGGCCUGAAUUACAGCCUAGAGACUAUCCUUACGCUGAAGGAUAUUGCAAGUUCUACCCAUAAAUCCAGCGUAGCUCCAUUCUCAUGCGAAUUCAGUUUUAUAAGAUGACUCCACGUUCCUUUUUACUGUAUUUCACUCCAUGUGAAGUACAUGUAUUUCAUUUCAUAGGAUGGGGUUUCUACAUAAUUAAUCAAGGUCCUCAGAUCCCUGGCAGCAUUCGAACAAAAUCAGGCCUGUACUUAUUGGUGCUACUGCUUCAAUCUGUCUAGACAAGGUGUAAUUGUUGUGUGUUGAUUUAAAUGGGAUCAUCUCCUUCACAGUCAUCCUGACUAAACAAAUUCAUGGAAAAUACAGCAAAAGCUGCAGGAGAAUGUACAUAUUUGGAGUGCCACUGCUAGUCCUUGAGGAUUUGUGGGCAUUUGAACUCUGUGCUCUGCUUUUAUUUAGUUCAGAGGAAGGUGGUCAAGAAGUUGGACUCUGUGCUGUGCUUCUUGAAAGCUCCAUGUUCCUUCUGAAAUCAGAUUGCUUAACCACAUGUUCUGAAAACCCAAGUAAUGCAAGUCUGGUUUCUGGUGGAUUAGUAAAUGGUAACACCUACCCAGUGUUCAUUACCAUAUAUCUUGGUGUCCUGAAGUGGGUACAGUGUUUAUUCAUGGUUAGUUGUGUAGAACCUUUAAGAACAAGUAAUCUCAUCUUCCAAAGUAAGCUUCAGCAAGUCAGUGAAUUGUAAAUUUUCAGUCAGUUGCAAUUUUUUGAAUUUGGAUUUUUGGAUACAGGACUCAAAGAAUUCACAUAUGUAGCCUAUAACUAUGUGUCUUGCUUCAUUAUAAGUAUGUAAACAUUAGUAUUUAAAGGACUGGACCUUGGAAAGAUAAUGUCCUUUCAAAUCUUAAGUCAAAGCUGGCUGCAGAUUUAUUCAUCAUUAGUUUGUACCUAAAAAUCUGUAUCAUCUUAUCUUUAGACUAUCUAAAAUUAAUAGAUUAAGUAGAAUUCUAACAGGAUUGGCACUAUCUAAAUAGAUCAUGUUCCUGCCACUGAUCUCCUACUCUCCUACACUAGAUAACAAGUGUACGCUCCAUGUGACGGAAGUCAGGCACAACAGCGCACAAUGUCAAACCAAGAUGAAACCACCACUGCCCAAAAGUACUGAUGCUUCUUUCAAAUUAAGAAAUAAAGCAAUGUUGUA